AUGACAUCAACAUCCUUGCUGGCCGGGGCCAACGCCAUCACGGAACUCUUGCAUUCAGUUGGACCAGUCAAGGUCCUGAGCUCCUGUGUGGGCGUCUUGUCCUUGAUGGCGCUGGUAAAGUAUCGAGGUGCCAUUCGACGUCGUGUCAAACAAAUUCAAGAAGAGUCUUGGCUUUUUGGUGCUGGUGUCACCAUGGAACGCGUCGUGGAGGGAAGCGCCACGAUUGCGGAAGACGGCGUGUUUUCCGACCUUCGGCUCUUGGAAAUGAAUCCGGAAUUUCAAGCAAAAUGCCAACAGGAAGGUCAGCCAGAAUCGUCCAUAAGUGCCUCCAACGAUAAGGGUGGGAUCCCCGUAUCGUUGAUGACUCUUUUGGCCAUUUCCGACGUCAAUGCCAAGGUCAAUGGUGGAAACAGCACCGCCGUUCAAGACAAUUUCGUCCCAAACUACCAUUUGAGUGCCAUCGACAAGAUGAAAGUGGGGGAAAGUGUCAAAGGAACUCCCACCUUUGUCCAAAAUCUCAACGACGAAUUUUUCAUUCCCAAUGACUUUAUUCUCAUGGGCCACGAUGGUGACAUGACGGCUUCCGCUGAGCUUCAAAUGGCGCAAGAUGCCGGCGUACAAGAGGAAGAGUCGCACGAAGACUCGGUGGCUUACAAGAACCGUGAGGACAGUAAAAAGACGAAGAGCUCCUUGUAUGAUCCCGAAGAUCGCAGCCUGGGUGAACCAGUGCCCGUCAAUCAUCGGUUGUUUCCCGGCUUGCAUCUCGGUUGGGGAGAUGCCUUGAACUCGCACACCAAACGAGAAAUCCUCAAGAUGCGUUUAUUGUCGAUUCUCUUGAACAAAUUGGGAGCCAACUAUUACCGUCAUGCCAAUAAGAAUGCAGGUGAAUUGUUUCAAGUGCGCAUGACGGAUGACGACAAUGCCAAAGUCAUUACAACGCCGCGGGAAUUAGUGCAGGCAUUGAUCGAUUCGAUUCCGGUCACGACGUUCAAGUGUUUCCAACCUCUCGAAGGGGAAGAUGCUUGGUCCAAACUUCCCUUGGGAGUGUUUUUGGAGACGCACAAGAACGGCAAUAUGGCUCCCGCCAUGAUGCCUCAUUCCGGAUUGGAUAUGGUAAUUCAAGGACCGCUGGCAGGAACUCGUGCGGAUGGAACGCCCAGUGAGCUUCGUCUUCAGCGCUUUGUCGGCAUUGAGGGAUUUUUGGAACAAGGUCCUCAUGUGAGGGGUCUCGAUGCCGUCCGGGCCGCCCGCAUUGCGGGUUUGUACGCCACCAUUUUGAACGGCCUCGCCACGGAACUGGAACUUCCGUUUGGUGGCUACGGUUUGACGGCCGUCUGCAACGAUUCCGCCGCCUUGGUGCAACAGUGUUUGUACGACACCACCACAAUUUAUCCCAUGACAUCAAUUGGACGAUUCUUGGUGCAGACCGUGCGGUAUGCCGAGCGGUUGCAAGAGCACCUAGCAAAUAGUGAAGAGGACUUGGAAAUGGAGAUUCAAGAGUUGCAGGCUAUCCGGGAGGCGAUGAAGAAGAUCCCAUCGGACUUGAAUGCCUCUCCUUCAGGUGCCAAGAGUGCUGCGACGCGAUUGUUGGCCACUUUCCAACCUAAUCUCCCGCUUAAGCUCAUGAAAGAUUCUCGCAACGUCAUGGAAUCUAUGGCAUAUCUGCGAGAGGAAGGAGAAGAGUCCCAAUGGAGGCGAAAGAAUCAAAAUGUGGCGAGCGAUGCGAAGAACCUUCUUGUGCAUGUGGCGAGCGAGUGA